CCGUCGGUUGCGGAGCUCCGUGAUGUGUCGGUCGGGGAUGCGAGCUUCGCGUCUCAUCGGCCUUGUUCCUCGGCCAAAUUGACGCCAGUGAAGCUGCGAAGCAAAACCGACGAAGCACCACGCUCGUCGUGCUCUGGACGUCGUUCCAGGGGCACGCCGCGACGCGACGGACUUUUUGAACGAUCAAGCUGGACUAACACCUAGGAAGCCCUGGCUUCUCCGCUACACCAGGAGAGUCAGGCCCCCGCAAUGGCGCCGACGACGAUUGAGACGGUCACGGUCGUCAGGCCGCUGAAGGUGUUCGCCUUCAUCUGCGGCCUGAUCGUGAUCCUGCUGAUGAUCCUGUGCCUGGCCUCGUCCAACUGGCUCAUCGCGCACAAGUUCCGCCAGGGUCUCUGGGAGCAGUGCGUGGAGGAGGACGCGCCGCUCCCGCUGCCCUUCGGCCUGAACGUCAAGCCCGGCUGCUACGUGGCGCGCACCGUCGCCUACAUCCAGGCGGCCGCCGCCCUCUGCGUCAUCACGCUCCUGUGCGACAUCGCCGCCACCGUCAUGACCGGCUGCGGCCUGUGCAGCAAGAACCCCGUGCGCAAGUACCUCAUGUACAGGCUCGCCUUCUACGUCAUGGUCUGCGCACUGCUGUGUAUCCUGAUCGCGCUGGUGAUCUAUCCGGCAUGCUUCGCGGCUGAGAUUGAGGAGAGCAACCGGCAGCUGUGGGAGUUCGGCUGGGCAUAUGGCGUGGGCUGGGGCGCGGCCAUCUUCCUGUUUGGCGCCAUCCUGCUCCUGCUGUGCGACAAGGAGACCGAGGAGAUCUACUACCGCGAGCGCGCACUGCCGCACGAUGGGGCGGCGGACUCCAAGGCGUAGCCUCCGGGCGUCCGCCUGGGCAAUGGACGCGCCGUCGCCGCCUGAAUUUAACCACAGCGCGAGCGUGCCGAGGAAACGCCCAGGCGAUCGUCGCCCGCAGUGCUCCACCUCAAGUCUGCCUCCUACUGACGAUGAUGCACCCCCAUUGCCUCUGCCCCCUCUGCUCCGCUUAUGGAGCUUUGAAUGUGCAGGGAAGAGAGGACGACAACUGGUUCUUUGCUGAGCGGACAUUUGCAUUUCGCUUGGCCUGUAUUAUACAUGUCUUUCUGCACCUCCGGACCACAGCUGCUCAUUCACAAAGCGCACAUAGUGUGGAUUUCAGAAAACGGCCUUAGGUUCCUAAGUGUCAGUAAGAAAAGUAUUUGCCAUGUGGCUCCAUGAGCUCUGCCCGCACUUUCCAAGAGCUUCUCCACCAUGUGGAACGAGAGUGCUCCUUCAUAUCAGAUACAGUGCCUUUAGGGCUUCUUAAGGACUCUCAAUUCAGAACUGAGGACAUUGUGCACAGCUUGGGGACUGUUGUUUGCAGAAAGUGCAGAGUGUUUGCACCUCCUGCAAAAGUACAGGCACAUAUUAACCUCUAGCCAUUUGAACUGUAUCGAUUAUUUCACCAAAUCACUUUUUGGCAGGUAAAUGUAAACACAUUUAGCACGUCAUCAGCAUCGUUAAAAAAUGUUGGGCAGCAACUACCUUGCUGUAGUUCUGCUGCGUAAAAAAGAUUGCAGCAAUCAUGAAUAUGGAACAUAUUGUAGACAACUUGAAUUUGAGUGAAUUUUGAGGCGUGCAGUGUACAGAUUCAGCAAUUCCUGGGCACCUGCAAGACCUCAGGAACAUCUGCACUUGAUUGCCUCUAGCAUAUUUCAUUUUUUUUUCACAACUCUGGUUUGACGAUGCAUAAAAUCAGCAUCUGCAAUGAGUAGAACCUAGGCUAGGCCGAACGUUAUCACCCAAUUCUUGUGAGUGAAACUGCACUGUGUGCGUUUUGAUCGAGUAGCCGUGGCUAGAUGGUCUGAGUGAAAAAAGCCUUGCAAUUGCCUGGCCACAUUGCCACCUGGUGAUACCAUCGUGAAGAGUGAAUUGAGCUGCUCCAGCCUGCGAGACAUUUGCUUGCUACUGCAAAGUUGUCCGGCAGCGCCAGCCGGCUGCUGCCGCUGCCUUCUUUGUGUGUGUUCGUGUGCAUGAUAUCAUUCCUCUUCCACUCCAAGCCUGCCAUCAUCAGCUGUGUCGGGGUGGAUGACUGGAUGUGGAAGUUGUUUUCUUUUUUUUUUUUUUUUUUUCGGAAGGGCAACACUGUGCUGGAUACAACCGCACCACCUCAACAUCUGCCAGCAAAGCCAAAGGAAAGGAAGCUGUUGCCGUGAUUGCUUCAUCAGAUCUACUGCCACACCCCCACCACUGCCUAUUCAUCCGGGCAGUACAGGCUGGUUGAUGAUGGUUCCGUGGACUUCAAACCAUCAUGGCACUGUAAUGCAUCAUAAUUGUGCACCGCGGCUGCAAGUGCAUGUCUGCUGUGACCCUGCACGACUCCAGGAAAAGUGCAAGACCAGCUUCCACAAGAAAGAUCAUGUAGACGAUGCGGUGGCAGAUUACUCGCAGUCGCAGUGCUCAGUGUGGUGCGGUUGUCCUGUCGUGUCUCUAGAUAAUGAAGGUGGCCGCAUUCUAGCAGUUUAGUUGAGUGAAUGUUACCGUUGUCGCUUUGGACGUGUGCGUGGAACGUGGCACAAAGGUGGAAGAAGUGGAAGCCUUGACACGCUACUGGCUUCAUGCGAGAGUGCAAGUUGUACAAUUUGUUGGAUGUGCCGCACUGUAUGCAAAGUGUGAGAGAUGAUAGACGAUGCCUUCAAACGCUGGUUUAUGGCGCAUACACGGCCUGUAGGCUAAAUCAGCACUCCUGUUUCACCCUCUGCGGAUUAACCAAACUCGGGUAGACUUCCGGGCAUGCAUUCUCGGCUGUCUUGUUUCUUUAUAUAGAUAAUCAACCUUGACCAAAAACCUACUGGCUGUAAAUGAAUGAGGAGAUUGCAAAUUUAAGAACACCGUGCAUUUUUUUUCUUAUAUUCACGAGCUAUGGCAGGCCUUGCAUUGCUUGACAUUGACCGUUCAGCUCGUGCAAGUUGCGUGUGUCUGGCUGGUGGAUUCUGCUGCGCUAAUUGUUACUUUUGAGACUUUACAAAUGAAUUGGGGAUUCUACUGGUUAUGCACGGUUAAAACAAAUCAAGAUAGAACCUUGUCUUGCUGGAACGGUCUUGCUGAUCUCUUCUGGUCCAGGUCUUGUUUCUUCCGCAGUGGUCGUGUCACUUCUAAACCAGUUGUACAUAGUAACAGAGAGGUGUUCUAUUCAUUAUUCUCAGUUCUUGUUAGACUGUUUGGUUAGCCUCGUGCUCCCCCUAAACCCCAUCCCAGCAGCAAAGGUGUAGGCAGCUGUAAUGAAUUUGAACACUCUAUAAGGUACCUCCCUGCUUUAUUUCUUUGUUCCAGAGAUUAUGAACUUUGUUUUAUUGUUCUUGCUUUAUACCAGCAGCUCCGGACCCACAGGUGCUGCCCUUCGGAACUGAGAUCUUGCCAGUGAAACUUGAUUACUGACAAGAGUUGCAAGGGGCAAGGCUGUGACGCAAUUUCUGCGCACGAGCUUACAACGGGCUUUCUUUUUGUUGAUCAGUUGAGUGCACAUAAAUAUGUAGUAUACUUCUGUGUCUGGUUACCUUCAUGGCAGCUGCAAUGAGAUAUUGCCUGGUUUUCGAAAGCAUGUAUGCUUACUCUGUGUAUAAUGGAUACUACUGUGUAAUUCAGUCUUCCCAUAUUUUUUUUUUCAUCUUUCUCAUCUUCUUAUGGCUGUUUUUUUUUAUUUGGGGCGGUAGGCAAUCGGUGGAUAAGUUCCUUGAAUUUUUUAGGUGCAAUUGUAAUGUUUCAUUUAAUUGUGCAUGAAUUAAACUGUGCAAAACCAUAUUAAUUUAUACUGUUUAACGUGAUGAAACUCCGUCUUUGGGUUUUUAUGCUGUUUUAGACUACUGUCGAGAAACUCGUUUUGAAAAUGCGCAGUAACAGACCCAGAUUCUUUAACAGAGAAAAUACUGUCUUUGAUGUUUAAUCCUCAUGCAUCAUUGGGCAGCUUGUAAGGCAGUUUAUUUUUCUUCUUGCUUUUAGACACCUUAAUUAAUCAGGCUUGUACAUCCUGCAUCAACAUCUGCUCCUUACAGUUUACCAUGAAUUGCAUUUUUAUUUUGUAAUUGUUUCUGGGUCCUUGCAAUUGUUGUUUGAUAUUCUGCCCUUGAUUAUAUUGAUGUCCCUGAUCAGUGACUGGGAAUAUCUAAGGUGUUUACCAGAAUGUUAACAGCUUCCUGUGCAGUGAUAUGAUGGUUGGCAUUUCACUAGUGGGUGUUUUCUUGAAACAGAACCUAUGCAGAGCAGAUGGCAGCCUCUUUUCUUUUUCCAUUUCCAACAUCCACGAAGAAAGCUUGUGUGAACCAACCUGAACAGCACAGUGUGUGAACAGCGUUCAGUCAUAUAUCUGUCAUAUUUUCUAGGAGAGGCUGUGCAAGACAUUUGUCCCCAAGAUUUCUUCUUGUUCUAAGUUCUGUUGAAACGCUGUAAGCUUGGUUCUCACUUGGCAAGUUAAGUAAAGCCUCUCGACAAAACUGUCAUGCUACUCCUUACUUGACCUGAAAUGUGAGCACAUUCCAGGUUCCAGCGCGUUUCACUUCUUUUUGAUUGAUGUGUUCCAAAACGCUCGCAACUGAUUUGAUAUAAAAAGGGGAAAUAAGCCAAGGGUGACUUUUAAUGGAAAUGCAUACACUUAUUGAACUACUUGAAACUACAAGAUUUCAUCUCUUGGAAAAAUCGGCACCGUUUGUGUGCGAGAUAAAUUCAAACUGUUUGUCACUGCGUGCUCACUUGUCACAUCUGUGUCCGUGGGAGUUCCUUUCUGACACAUGGUUCUGUGGGGUGUGUGUGUGUGUGUGUGCGUGAGGGUUUUGCAGAUACGGAUUGUCGGUUGCCGUGGGCGAGGCAUAAGAAUGAAAUGUCAUCGUGCAAGGGAAGGCAUCGAGCAUGGUAGAGUUUCUGGAAUGCACGCGUCGCGGAAAGGUAUUUCUCUGCUGACGCUUCCUCCAAGUUCCUCUCUACUAGAGUCCAUUACCCUCUUCAUACUCCGACAUCCAAACAUACCUCCUCUCCUGUUGUUAUCUAAUUGUUUUUUAAAGCCACUUCUCAAAUCUGUCUAAACUUGACUAUGUGAUGAGCAAGCCUUCAUGAGAGGAAGCUCACUUCUUGAUGUUUUUUGUUUGAGAAAGAACACAACCUUGGUAUAGCAUGUAGUAGUAGUAAAGACAAAGGUUUUUAAAAGGCAAGGUGGCUCAGUGCUAUAUUCUGCCAGCCUUUGUCUUGGUCAUAUUGUUUAUUUAUCGUGGUCAUCUAGCUAAAGGGCACAAUUUGUACCUGGCUCAUUUUGUAUGCCUCAGUUACAUGUUUAGCCAAUUGCAGGCACAACAGCUCUAUAAUGUCAUUGAAGCAGGCACUUUGGCUAGUUGAUCUUUCAUUAUUCAACACAAAAGGGCAGCAAGGCAUGAACCCAAGGAAAGGACCACCGCGCUUCGACAUUAGGGGAGAACGUGCGACAAAGUAGGUGUUUAAUUUGUUCAAAUUGAUUGUGUGCCUACGAAGGUUAGGAUUAAGGGGCAGUUUUGCUGUGGACAUCCUGUCUCGUUUGAUGUGGACACGUGAACUAUCCUGCAGCUCUGAAGCCCAGUGUUGCCUAGCUUCAGUGAUUUAAUGAGAAUUGGCAUAUUCCAGCACGAAGUAGUCGGCAAAGGCGUUCCACUUGAGUAGCAUCAAGAAAGUGUAGGAACUUCUUUUGAAUGGUAAUGGCCUUUGCAUCUUGUGACUCUUUCCCCUCUGCUCUCAUCUUGUAGUUCUUUUGUUUUUUUUUUGUCCAGCUGAGUGCUCCCUCGUAUGUUUGGCUGAGGGAAUCGCCACGGACAGAGGACCUAUUCUCUGGCAGCUAGUCUAUUCCAUUAUUAUUUUACCGUCCUUUCAUACAUUGUGACUUGAGUACUCGCAUUCGAUAUUGCAGACAUUGUGCUCAACCUCCGAUUGCUGGAAGCCAGGCUUAAGACAAACCAACAUGGCGCACCCUUAGCUGACAAAGAACUUGAGGAUAGUGUUGGUCCCAUUUCUGUUUCUUUCGUCACCCUCUACGCUCGCAGAUGCAGAUUGUCAGUGUAUUACUACUUGGUUAGAGUCGGAAGCACAGGAAAGUUGUGCAGAGUGUGUUGCCGAGUAGGGUUUAUCAUCUCGUGCCAAGCUUGAGAUUUGUGUAAAAUCAAGGAUACCCCCAAAAAGGGUAAUCGAAGUGGUUAGUGUGUUGAUGCUGUAAGAAAGUAUGGCGUGUAUUUAUUAUGCAGUAAGCCUGUCUUGCGUGUAGAUGCACCACAGCAGCUGCGCUGAUGGGUUCAUACAGUGUCCCGUAUGCUUUUGAAAAAAAUUUGCUCUGUUAUGUAUGUUCUUGUAUGUACAAAACAGGUGAGUGUGGCCGGGUUAUUUUGUGCCUCAUGAAUGUGUAUGCAAUCAAAAUUUUUAAUGGAACAUGACACUGUUCGAAAAUUUAAUGUUAUAGAUAAGGUGUCGCUGUUUUGUAGUGGCGCAAAUUGUUGGCAGAGGCCGACGACUGUUUUUUUUUUUGUUGUUCUUCAUAUGUUUUGUGAGAAAAUUAACUAAUUUCUUGCUUACUUUUGUCUGCAAAUAUGUUGGAUGUAAAAUUUUGGGCUGCUGAAUCAUUGAUUGACGUUCGCAUGGCAGUUGUCAGUCCUUGCAUUUAAUUAUAUAACUCUGUUAUUGCUUUCUCGAGGGUCCGAGCCUUUUUAUUUUUGGCAUGACAUAAGAGGUGAAGGAGGAGGGAGGAAGCUCCCGAGUCACUGUCCUAGAAAUGUGAAUGUUGAAACCACUGCCAAACUGUGUCCCUUCAACGUGUACGGACACAGUCUGUUAUGGAGUUUUGGCGCGAGUCGUACUAUGUCUACAUCCUUUUCUUUGCAUUCUCCAUGAACACAUGUAUCUUUCGUUGUUUUUUUGUGAAUGGGUGUGCGUAUGUUGAACCCCAUAGGUUCGGUUGCAUGGUUUUCACAAAUCUGCAUCCGUGAACACUUUGCACCGUGUAUGUGUGCUGUGCAUUUUGCAUUCUGCUGUUCCGUAGGUGCUGCGGCAUGGUUGCCAGCAUAUUUCUGUCGUGUGAAUGUGGCGCUUACGCUGACGUCUGCACGUGACUUUUAUUAAGCGUGUGCGACCGUUGACGAGUGGAAGUGCUCAUUCUAGCGUUUCACCCUUAGGUGAGCGAUGUGCAAAGCGAACUUAAAUUGGAAAAUUGGAAAACGUUAUUUGUAGAUAGAGCUGGCGUGUGCUUUUUCUCUUCUUUCUUUAUGUUAUAGCGUCAUGUACACUGCGUGUUGUUACGCUUAUUUAUACAGUCAAGUCAGUAAGUGGGUUUUCACGGAGUUGCAUCUCAACCUUCUCAGACUUUGAUUCCUUGCUCCAGUGCUUUUUGUGUGCGUUUAUUUUAUUAGGUCAAGCAAAAUUUUCUGCUCACUUAACUGUUGCUCUUGACUAAAGUAAUAAACAAUUCACUGGAGUACAAUGGAUCACUUGCAAGAAAGUUUAACAUUUGUAAUAGUCAGAUCAUGUGGUUAGGUCUACCCAGUCAUUAAAGUGACUGUAGCAGAGCGCAUGAAGUUUUAUGUGCAUUGGUACUUUGCCAGACAAUCAAUGCACUAAAAUAGGUAGAAACACAAGAAGAGGACUGAAAUUAAAUGGUGUGGUUGUGUUAUGUCUGCCGAGUUCACUGUUGCCAUUCUUAUGGGACGUGCUGUUUUCAUUGCAUCUCUAUAUAUGUGCACAACUCUUCUUUUCCUUUCAAGACAAGAGCUUUAAAUGGCAUUUAAUUUUCCGCACUUGUGCAGUUUAUAGGCUUCCUUAUACUGCGUAUUUCAGUCAUGUUAUUUAGCACUGAAGGAAGAUAACUGGACAGAUCGUUAUUAUUUUGCUUUAUUCUGACUUGUUUUUACAUAUUCUUCAGAGUGCACUCAUUAGUACCAUGCAGUACAGUGGAAAUCUGUUGAUAAACAAAACGGAAAAAGACAAGAAAAGUAGUUAAAAUGCUAAUUUAUGCUGGGAAAUGUGAUCCAAGCACAUGAUCCAAACACUGUAUCUGCAAAGUUCUCUACCAUGAUUGUACAUAAACCAGGAAAGUCCUACGAUUCGGAGAAAUGUCGAGGGAAGUUGACAGUGUUUGCCACACCGUACGUGCAUGCAUCCCUUCGUGCACUGCCAUAUUCAUAACUCUCGCCUCGCUCGUCUCUGCACCGUAGUUGAGGUUACCUACCACGUUUUCUGCACCAGUUUUCAUUCCCCUGAUGCUUGGCAAUAGAAUCGUACAUCAAUGUCAUUGACGUGACCCGCCUCGGCUUUGGUCAGCUGCGUUGCACUACUUUGUAUGGGAAUUGCAAAAAGCCAUCUGACGAGGUCACCACGAAACUAGCCCAUUAAGUGUUUUUCCUUUUCUUUUUUUAUUUAGGUUUAUAGAGCCUUGCAUAUUCACACAGUGACAGUUGUCAGAAGUUGCGGGGGAGGGUAGCAGAUUUACUAUUUAGCACAGUUUACCGUCUGUGACAAGUCAUGAAUGCAGGAGACACUCCUCCCAUUAAAGACACCUUCGUCUGCUGUCUUAAGCAGAUUUACUAUUUAGCACAGUUUACAGACUGUGACAUGUCAUGAAUGCAGGAGACACUCCUCCCAUUAAAGACACCUUCAUCUGCUGUCUUAACUAUGAACCUGCUUCUGUGGUUCAGCAACUGUGGCUAAGUCUGUUGCCCUCAGGUGUAACAGGGACUUCUUUGCCUUCAGUACUGUUGACGUCAACAUUGAGAUGUGGUCAUUUGAGAAAGUGGUCUGUCAUUGCCAUAUGCCGUCACAGUCAAGAGCAUCAUCUCUCUACACUACAACAGAAAAAUGCAUGCUAGUGCAUGUCACCGAGAAGGCAAAAAUGUCACCUAGAAGGCAAAAAAAAACCUAAGCACCAAGUACAUGACAAAAGGAAUGCGUGUGACGGCUACUUGUGAGUCUCGGAAAGUGGCAAAUCCUUUCUCAUCAGCGUGCAGCAAAAGGAAAUGGUCGGUGUAUUGAUGAGGAAACUUAAUUUGCUGGUCAAGCAACAAAUCUCUCGCAAAGAUUAGCUUAUAUGACGCUCAGACAUGCUGCAAGAGGGUGAAUGAAUUAGGGCAAUUGUCUGGUGAGCCGUUAACAGUUCUCUUUGAAGGGUAUUCAACACUGCAUUCUUGACCGGUCACUGGCCAUAUGGGAUGCUAGCAAGAAGGCACAUUCAGUUUUGCUGCAUGCUUAUGCCUACUAAGGAACACAUCUGCAUGUUGUGUAUGGGCUGACAUGAUACUGGCAUGUCAUUUGUUCUGCCUAAAAAAAAAAAAUUUCCGCAAGCUUCUUGUGUGCAACAUCAAAGGACUGCGGCAGCUGCCAUUCUUAAAUAUAUUUUUAAUUUUUCCCAUCCAUAGUUAAAAUCAUGUAUGAACUCUGUAGAAUAACCUUCUGAGGGUGUCUUUGUGUGAGUUGCAGCCAUUUCAAGUGUUAGUGUAGGUUGGUCCUAUUUUUACUUUUUUCCUUCCGUCCGAGUACUUAGAUGCCCUGCCUUAAUUAUAGGAGGGGAUCCUGUAUUGUAAAAAGAAAGAAAGAUAUAGGUUUUGGUUAAAAACCUCAUUUCUUUUUCUUUGUAAAUAAGAAUCCAAACACUUGCCAGUUGCUUUUACUUGUGGUGAGUGAAGGCACGGUACGAUGGCGUAGCAUGCUGCUAGGCUACCCUUGUGAUGAUGUAGGGUUGUGCAUUUUAGUAUCCUCGUUCUGUUUUUUUUUUUUGCAUGUUUAACUUUCGCUUUUAAUGCUGCUGUGCAGCAUAGCUGUAAUAGGUGGGCAGUCAGUUUCUAAUUCAAGUUGCCACAGCGGCUGACAAAUAAAUUUGCCUGCAUUUUUUUCAUUUUACCAGCUAUAGGAUUGACUUUUGAAGCUUAGAAAGAAGAAACAAAGAAGUGUGUUUGUAAAUAUAUAUAGCUGGGCAACAUUCAAGGAGAACAGCUCUAGUUGUGUUUCAGUACGAUUUAGUUUCAAAACUGCAUGCCACAGCUGUAUCUCAGUAUAGGAAUUUCUCGUUUUUUUUUCCCAAACUAAACUGGAAUCUUGCCUGCUCUGUAAAACUGCCCAAAUGUUGCAUCAUGCAGGCAGGCUAGUAUAGAUGGCUAUCCUGGCUGAACUGCAUCCAUGUUUGUGCUCGAAUUUCGCUACAAAGGUAGCAUUUGGCAGUGCGCUUUUGUUUAAGGCUGCAUUUUGCUGCAGUGCUUGCCUCGUUUCAUCGGGAAGGAAUCCCAAUAUUUCUGUCGUCCUGCUACAAUGCUGAACAAAAAAAUUUCUCUUUUUUUUUUUCAUUGAAGAGAAUACUAGUAGCAUUCUGUCACUAAAACUUUGGCAGUGCUCCGCACACUGUCAUCUCUGCAAUUGGUGUAUCGCCUUCUUGGGACAGAUGGUGCUGCCAUCUUUACCAAUCCAAAAAACUGUUUUCUGGUCUGCCAUGCCGUGACCUUUGUGUACGCCCAUUUAGUUACGAAUGAAACGGGCACAUACGGCUCUCUAGCAUUACAAUAAACAAAAUGUUCCAAAUACCACUGUGUGUCAAAUUUGGGUACAAAUGAGCAAAGCAGUGGUCAAACUUAAAACAUUGUCACUGCCUGUCUGCCUGAGCGAUGCAGCAUUCAGUAUUUGCAAGUGCAGUAUGUUUGUACAGGCUCUAAAGAAAGGUAAGAAUACAUCCUGAAGAUUUUCUGUUGAAAGGUCAGCAUUGCAGUUAAAAAAUUGCCAAGUUCGUGUGCUGCAAUGUCUCUGCUCUGAAAGAGUGCUGUCUGAACAAAAUCUCGGGAAGCAGACAUGGAAUUUCCCUGUGGUAGACAUUUCACCCACACACUCUCAUCUGUGGCUUUCAUGUGUGAAAGUUGCUUUUCGGUGUAAUUGGUGAAAGGCGAAAAUUGCAAAAAAAAAAUGAAAGCAAAGUAUUCAGCCUGUGCAAAGAGGCUUGCAUAUAUAUGUACGUUCAUCUCUCCGAGUGUUUAUAGAACUUUUUGACGUGCUUUGGCGCCAAUGGCAAAAAUGUUACUGCCGAUACUUUCGUGUGCGAGCCGUUUGUAGGCACAACUCUUGUGUGUGCAAGAGUUUGCAAAUAUUUUCAUUGCAUUUGCAGUAGAGCUUGUUUACUACCAUCUCUCUUUAAUAUUCUUGCCCGAAGGUUAUUAUUGUCAACAAUCUUCUACAGUAGCCUCAGUUGGCAGACCCCCUCUGAUGUCCUUAUUUUGCUUUAGUUGCUGAACUCGGUUCAGUAGUGCAACUCUUUCAAUGCGGUUUGUUUUUUGGAGAGAUCAAAUAAAAGUUACAUUUUCAACUGUUA